AUAAGAUGAGUAUACCAGCAGACUUGACUUCACGAAUCCACCCAAAUUAUUGCCUAUUUUUCAUCGACCCAUCUCAUGGGUGAAUCGAAGCCGAAUGGUGUCCACGACCCGACGGCCUCCAUGAUGCUCCAUGGCCGCGUAGCCAUUGUCACCGGUGGCGCCGGCGGCAUCGGCUCUGCGGUGUCGAAGCACCUCGCGUCCCUCGGUGCGCGUGUGGCAGUGGCGUACGUCGGCGACCCGGCGCCUGCUCUAAAGCUCGUGAGCGACAUCAACUCCAAGCACGCCGGCGAGAGCCAGCAGCUGCGGGCCGUCGCCGUUGAGGCAGACGUGUCGGACGCGGCGCAGGUGAAGGCGCUGUUCGACUCGGCGGCCGCAGCGUUCGGUGGUGAGCUCCACAUCCUGGUGACGCUGGCGGCGGUGCUGGACUUCUCGUACCCGGCGCUGGUGGACACCAGCGAGGCGACGUACGACGCCAUGUUCGGCACCAACACGCGGGGCACCUUCCUGUGCUGCCGCGAGGCGGCCGGGCGGUUGGUCCGUGACGGCCGCGGCCGGAUCGUGACGUUCUCCUCGUCGGGGGUCGGGUCGCUGCGCCCGGGCUACGCGGUGUACGCGGCGAGCAAGGCGGCGGUGGAGGUGAUGACCAAGAUCCUGGCGCGCGAGCUGCGCGGCACGGGGAUCACGGCCAACGUGGUGGCGCCGGGGUCUACGGGCACGCCCAUGUUUUACAACGGGAAGACGCCCGAUGAGGCGGAGCGCUACAUCGCCGAGGCGCCGCUGGGCCGGCUGGGCAUGCCGGAUGAUAUCGCGCCGCUCGUGGGCUUCCUCGCCAGCGACGCUGGCCACUGGGUCAAUGCCCAGGUCCUGCGCUGCAACGGUGGCACCAUCUAGCCAGUGGACCUUGCUAGGCGGUGUUAACGAACUGCUGCUCCGUUUUCACUACUGCGCGCACACUGAAAUGCACUUUUUUAAAUAAUGUUUUAUUCAAUAAUGGGUCAUAUUUGUGCUUAUGUUUUAUUUGUUCUCCUAGAACAUUUCAUAGUAUUUGAUGUUAGGCACUCAUGCUUAUAUGAAUGUCGAUCUGUUGGUCACUCUUGUUCUGUA